UUCCAUCCUCUUCCCUGCCCCGUCUUCCCCCCGCGGCAGCUGUGAAGCCCCCGCAGCAGCAAUGGAGGCCCCCUCCCUGCCCUGGCUGCGGAGCUUUGACAAGCCGUGCCGCCUCCUGCUCCACGCACUUGCCUCCGGCUCCUCCGGGGUGCUCGCCGCCCUCCGAAUGCUGCAGCGGGUCCAGGCCCGUGAGGGACCGGGGCAGGCGUUUCCCUGGCAGACCUUCACCGCAGCCCUGUGUGCCGAGGAGCCCACGCUGGAGGGGCCGGAGGGGGCCCUGGCCGUCAAGCCACGGCUGCUGCUGCUCCCCGUCGUGUGCCAGAGAAACCUCUUCUCCCUGCUCCUCGUGGUGCAAGCCAUGGUGCCAGGGGGCUGCCUCGGCCGGCUGCUCCAGGCCAUGGAGCAGGAUUCCCAUGUGGAUCCCUGGGUGCGGACGCUGGGGGAUCUGCUCCGGGGACCAAGGGGAGAGGAGUGCUUCCCACCUCCCGCUUCCUUGUCUUCUGCAUGCCAGCAGCAGCUUAGGUGCCUGUGCCGGAAAAUCGCCCAGAACAAACCAGAGGGGCGAAGAAAACUAAACUGGUGCUUCAGCAAGCUGCCCGGUGCUGCUGAGGAUGUGGCUGACUCUGUGCUUCAAGGUGGGAAGCGCAAGAAUGUGUCGGAGGAGAGCCUGGAGUUGGAUGAGGAGAGAGAGGGGAAGAGGUUGCUGCUGGAGGAGGUGGUGUUUGACCCCUCGGGAACCCAGAAGGGUGGAGAUGUGGCAGAGGUGGAAGAGGAGGUGCCUGGGGAGCCUUCAGGGGACAGAUCUGCUCAGAGCCCGGCUGGAGCUGCUCCAGAAAACUCCCAGCAGGAUGCAGCCAGGGAGCCCAGGAAGAUUUCCCAGGCAGAGCUGGCAGGGGAGGUCCAGUCGUUUCUCCAGAUGCACGGACAGAGGCUGAAAAUGCUGCUGCAGAAGGAGUCCAAUCACUCAGAGCUGAGCAUCCCACCCGAGCUGCUCGUCCUGAACAACUGCUCUCCUGGCCAGCUUGAGGGGCUGUGCUCCUUCCUCCAGCUCUCCACGUGCCCGGAGCACCUCCUGGUGCGUUUCUGCAGCUGGCUGCUGGCUCUCACCCCCAACCUCAGCUACACCAGCGCAGCCAUCCUGGCAGAGCAGCUCUUCCUCAAGCGAGUCCUGUCCCUCACCCAGCCGCCCUCCCGCCACCUCAUGGCUGCCCUCGCUUCAUUUUGCUCCAAGUAUUCCCAGCCCUUCUGUCGAGUCCUGGUGGCUGCGGUCCUGCGGGAGCCGGGGGAAGGCACUGAGCAGACCAAGCUGGUGUGCGAGCUCGUGGAGGAGUGCCUGGAGCCAGACUGUGUGCGACUGGUGCUAAGCCAAGUCCUGGAGGUGCCUUUGUCAGAGAAGCUCCUGCCGGUAGUGCAGGCCGUGCUGGAGCGGCAGGAGGUGCUGCCCCCCGAGCUCUUCGAUCUCCUGGUCCUGACUCUGUGCCGGCAGGCUCCAGCCUUUGCCACGUCGCUGAAUUACGCCAAGCUGGUGACGGCUGUGCUCACCAUGUACCAAAGCCAAGUCACCCCAGCCCACCGGAGCAGUCUGGCUGCUGCUCUGGAUCGGAGCAACGCGGCUCUGAAGAAAUCGCUGCAGGCCAUGCUGGAAGGAGCCAGGUGA